UUUAUGUUUAAUUUCUCUACUUAAUAUCUUAUUAUUAAUAAUAAUUUAAUAAAUGGCUUCGUUUGAAUCGCAGUUCACUGCUUAUGCAAAAUAUAGUAGACCAAAAUCUGAUGGUAGAAGAAUCUCUUUAUCACAAAGCGAUAAAUGGAUGAGACAAGCACAAAUAUUUGAUGAUAAAAUUACCCAAGCUGAUACAGCAUUAGCUUUUAAUAAUUUACAUCGAGAAACACUUCCUAUAGAAGAAUAUAACAAAUUCAUAGAUGAUUUUGCAGAAUCAAAACGUUUGGAUUCUUCUGUAAUCCGUGAUAAAAUGACAAAAUGUGGUCCUCCAACUGAAGAACGAUCGAGAAUUGAAUCAGUUAUUUUGAAAAAAGUAGAAGAUCCGUCCGGAUAUGUUUAA